AUGGAAAACGAAAUGCAAGAAUUGCAAAAAGAUUAUUCAUCUUUAUUUAACAGUCUUGGAAACAAUUGUAAACAACUAGAAAAAUAUAAAAAUCGAAUAGAGAUACUUAAAAACAAAGAAGAACGUGAUAUACUCAUAAAAUAUGAAUAUAAAGUGAAGGGAUUUAAUAUUAUAUGUAAUAAGGUUGAUUUUGCUGAAAGUAUAGGUAAACUUGAUUUAAUUAAAUUAUUAAAUCAAUUAGGGUAUAGAGGAACAGAAUUAGCAAUUGAUAGCGCUGCAGAAAAUGGACACCUUGAAGUAAUUAAAUAUUUACAUGAAUUAGGUACAAAUGAUGCAAUUAAUAAUGCUGCAGAAAAUGGUCAUCUUGAAGUUGUAAAGUAUUUACAUGAAAAAGGAUAUAGAUGUUUAAAUUGGGUAUUUGAUUAUGCUGCUAAAAAUGGUCAUCUUGAAGUUGUAAAGUAUUUACAUGAAUUAGGGUAUAAAGGUUCUAAAUGGGCAAUAGAUAAUGUUGCACACAAAGGUCACCUUGAAGUUGUAAAGUAUUUACAUGAAAAAGGAUAUAAGAAUAUAAGGAAUAAGAAGCAAGAAAAUAACGUGACGUCAUUUUAA